CGCGCCCAGCGUAGACGCGGGGACGGCUCGUGCCCCUCAGUCCGACAUGGCCGACUUCGAUACCAUUUACGAGCUGGACGAGGAGGACGAGCGGGUGGUGAUGGACGAGCAUCUGAUCCGAUAUACGCCGGAUCCCGUGGUGGUGCGAGGGGCAGGCCACAUCACAGUGUUUGGCCUCAGCAACAAAUUUGAUCCCGAAUUUCCUUCAGUUCUCACAGGGAAGGUGGCCCCAGAAGAGUAUAAAACUAGCAUUGGUCGGGUAAAUGGAUGCUUAAAGAAAAAUCUUCCCAUCAAUGUGAAGUGGCUUCUUUGUGGUUGUUUAUGUUGCUGUUGCACCUUGGGCUGCAGUCUGUGGCCUGUCAUCUGUCUUAAUAAAAGAACUAGAAGAUCAAUACAAAAGCUGUUAGAGUGGGAAAACAACAGAUUGUAUCACAAGCUUGGGUUGCACUGGAAGUUAAGUAAAAGGAAAUGUGAGUCCAGUAACAUGAUGGAAUAUGUAAUACUAAUAGAAUUCUUACCAAAAUUUCCUAUAUUCCGACCGGACUAAGAAAAAAAGCCAACCGUCAAGAAAAAGCAUAUCAUUCCUGCCCUGAGUGCCUUGUAGAUACCUGAACAGAUGACUGCCAAUACACCUGUUUUAAGAGUAAUCUACUGUAGUGAGUGUAGAUACCUUCCUAAUGUACUUUUUCCUUCACAAGCAUAUUUUGCACAUGUAUUAUUUUCUUUCUUUGAAGUGUUGCACUCACUCACUCGAUAAAGACCGAGUUGUUUCACUUUGAAAGAAUUUCAGUCUUGUACAUAAUGCUUCAGUUCAUAUUGUACAGUGUGGUAUGUUAAUGUUUACAGAUGUUGCUCUUUUACUACAUCCCCAAAUACUGAAAUGUAGAAGGACAUUUUUGAUUAAAUGUGAUAAUGCGUAGAUCUCAAUCUGUAUUCUGUAUUCAUAAUGAGAUUAGCAAUGCAACCGGAAGAGAAAGUGCCUUGGUAUUAUUGUAGGAACAAUUACUCCCAUUGAAGUAUAUAUAUUUAAAGAAACACAAAUCUAAUAUAUACUACAUUUGAAAGUGACCAAGGAAGUGUAAUGGAUAAAGCAUAUCAGGGGAGUAAUAAUUAGGUCACCAGUGUGAAAUUGAUGGGAAGCAUCAACUACAGUGUGCCUGACUCCUGAAAGUUGGAUUAAAUGGAACUAAGAUUUUGGAGGCAAGUGCAUGUAAUGAUUAAUAUGCUCACGACCAAAACUAAUUUCUCCCCUAAUACUUCUGACAGCAACUGAAUUUCUCAAGUAUUCUGGUCAUUUACUCUGCUAAUCAUUGAAAAUAAAAUUGAAUGUUGUAUCUCAUUUUGGUGAUUCAGUAAAUGGAUGAAGGAACAAGCACGUAGCAAUUAAAGGAGGUCAUUUUCUUAUGGUUCCAGUGAUAAGUAGUCGUUAACCACUCCCACCCAACACUCAUGGGCCAAAAAUCUGUUUACUUCGUCUUUAUCCUGCUAGUACUCCCUUAAAUUUACUAAAAUAUUGAUUUGAGAAAGUGUUCUUGUCUUUGUUGGUAACCCUCAAGUUUGAUUCCUGUUAAGUAUUACUUUCAGGCUGAUUGAACGUUGGAAGUUAUUAUUGUAGGGAAUGAUUUGUUAUCAAUCCAUACUUCAAUAAAAUAUAUAUAUAUAUAUAUAUAUAUAUAUAUAUAUAUUAAUUCUUCUUGUUCCAAAGCAUGCUGUUAUGAAAUGGGAAUAUCUACAUCUCCAAAGAUAGAGGAGAAAAUGUUAGUAAGGAUAUAUAUGUUACUGAACAUCCUGCAAUGUUAAUUUGCAUUGCAGAUUUUAUAUUUAAAAUAUCAUUAUACCUCUUAAUGAAAAGUUGAUCAUCUGAACUUUUAAGAAUUGAAUUUAAAUUUCCUUUUUUUUUUGGUUUUUUGGUAACUUUUUGAUUGAAGAAAUUAAUUAGGAGUAACAGAGGUUUUCUUUGUAUUAUCACAGAACAUGUGAACCCAAUCCAGAUAUGUAUUGCAUUCAGAACAACAUUUUUCUGAUUGUAGAGGGUAAUCUAUUUUUGUGUUAGAGAUUAGGAAGUUGACCUUUUUGAUGCAAUGAAACCAAUAUUGUAAUACCCUAAAUCUUCUGUCACCGUAUCCAACCACAUUUUUAAUGUGGUUAAUGUGUUUGGCUCUACAUCCUGGUAAAUUAUUUCAAGAAUCUGAUAAUAUAAGUAAAGAUGGGCCCAUAAACUUGGCUUUUCCUAGAUGCCUAAAUUACUAUAGUCAAGUCAAUUCACUUUUUACGUAGUACUUUAAGGAUCCAUUUUUGCUACUUGCUCCCUUCCACUCAACUUCCAUCCCUUAUCUCCCUUACAGUAAGCCAUAUUUUAAUUUCUAGAAUUUUUAAAAAAUUGUCAGUUGCAAAUUUUAACUAGUUAUUAAACUGAGUAAAAUUGGUUGAGUUCUGCUGGAAGUGCCAAAAUAACUGUGGUUAUACCUGUGGGAGUAGUUGCCCAAUCUACUGAAAUCAAUGAGAGUUUUGCCUGUUAAUCUAAAAUAACAGAAUUCAGUACAAGUAUAGGAUUAAACUAUUAUAAAGGUUUAUGGAUUACAAAUACAUCAAGUCACAAUUGACCAAGAUAAUUUCAUGGUAAUUCCUAAUGAAUCAAAUAGGUUCCCAGGUACACAAAGCAUGUUGAUUACCAUUUAGUUUAUAAUCAACAAACUAGUACAGGUUGACCUUCACUAAUCCGGCAGCAUUGGGACCUGAGGAGUGCCGGAUUAGUGAAAAUGCCAAAUUACAGAAGGAUCACAUUAAGCAUAAUCAGUGCUGGAUUAUCGAAGGAACCGGAUUGCAGGUAGUCGGAUUAGUGAAGGUCGACCUGUAUAAGGAAAGUGAACCAGAUCCUGUAUUAUAUUUUCUCAUUUCAGUUUUGGGUGGAUUAGUUUUAAAAUAAGUACAUGCACCAGUCGCUAAACCUUGCAAUAGGAAAGAAAGGACAUAACCACCAUCUAAUUAUGAGGUAAAAUUUAAUACACAUCAGAUUUUAAAAGCUUGUGUGUUUGGCAUGUUGGAUCACAAUCUGGAAGAUUUUUGCAUACUUGCUUUUUGUUGCCUAAUUUACCAUAAUUGUGCUUUUUGCCAGAACUUUUUGUCAUAAAUGGAUAAAAUAUUGUAAUGUAAUAAUAAUUUGAAAUCUUCAGGCAAUACCUGUGAAGCCUGAUAUUCCUACACAAUGUCUUUUAAAAGCCUGUAUUUAAAAAAUGGAUUGAUCUUUUUGGAAGGAAGGGAAUGUUUAUUUUUGAAUUUUGUUUAUUUGAAUGUGCCACAUAUGGAUCUAAACUGCAGAAUGACAAAAAUGGAAUUGCAGUUUUAUACUAUUGAGGAUGCAAAUUCUUCAAACCUGCUUGUGGAUAAAAGCAGUUUCAAAAACAAAAUAAUUGUUCCAACAAUCAAGAUCAUAAUGCAUGAUAGAUUCGACACUUGUAAAUUACAUCAAAAUGAAAACUAUUAUUUGCUGUCAACCUUAUAAGUGAAAAAUGCAGAACACACAUUCUUAAUUCAUUUUAGUUGUUUAGUAACAUUACUUAAUACAUUAAUUACCAAAUGGUGCAUGUUAGUUUUUUAAGUGAUGUCAGCAGAUGGAUAUAAAUACAUUUCAUUUGAAUAAGGAGUUAAAUUUGCAAAGAUUCACAUUAUUUGUGUAAUGUUGGCUUUACGUAUUUAUUAUUAAACAAGCAGGAGAAGAGAAGAAAUAAGUACCUGAUCAUUAUUUUUUGUACUGUAUUUCAAGUUUUCCAUUCAAACUACGUGCUAAAAUGUUGAAUGUACUGUAGUGCAAUGGAUAAGUACGUGAUUAAAAAUCCAGUGUUUUGUGAAAAAAAGUAUUGGCCAAAACAGUAAAAUGCUGUACUUGUGAAUUGUACAUGGCAUUAGAAAAUUUUAACAGGCUAUUAGCUCAAACAAUCAUUAACACAGUUUUUUGAAUCUCUAUGACUGAAUUCCUUUUCUUCUCUUCUCCACUCCUUUCCCAAAGUCCAUGUUGUUAUAGUUAAACUGUUAGCUAUUUGUCUAUUUCUGGAAUGUAUUAUUUUCAGCUGAUGUUUUUCAAUUUACCAAGUCAUUUAUCAAUAUGUAUAAAUAA